UCGAAUGGGUUUCGGUCAUGUUUCGGUUUCGCUACUUUUCAGGCUGUUUCAUUCAUGUCUCUAUGGUUUCAGUUUCUUUAUGUCUAUAAAAUGUCAAAUGCUUCAGUUAUCAAAUUGAAAUGAGGUUCUGUGUGUGUUCUGUCUUUGAGGUCUGAGGGCAGCGUACGGAAAACUGUAGUGUCAAGCAUUUGUUCACUGUUUUAUCAUAAUGUGAGAGUCUCUACUUUUUAAGCGUGUUGUGAAUUAGUACUACGAGAAUCACACGAGAACAUAAACAUGAAGGACACCAAAGAGAGGACGAUGUCUGGCAGCAGCACAAUGCUGUGUAAUGAUUAUACGGCUGCUUUCAGCUCUAUAAAUGAAAGGCCGGUGGACGAUAUAUCUUUAGAAUUUUUUUAUAAACCACAUACUAUUACGUUGUUGGCAGUAUCGAUUGCAUCAGUAAUCUACACAGCAUUUGUAAGAGAUGAAUCCAGUAUUCAGGACAAUAUAUGGUCAGGAAUUUGCUGCGUAGUGUUUUUUUUCCUCAUAGUAUCGGUUCUCACAUUUCCUAAUGGACCCUUUACAAGACCGCAUCCAGCCGUUUGGAGAAUUGUAUUUGGCACAUCAGUGCUGUACCUGUUGGCACUUUUAUUUCUAUUAUUUCAAAGUUAUUCUACAGUUUAUGAAAUAAUGUAUUGGAUUGAUCCCAAUCUACGCAAUUUUCACAUUGAUAUGGAUAAGGAGUAUGCGGUGAAUUGUUCAGAUGUAAGCUUGGCGAAAGUUUGGUCUCAUGUAGACGUAUUUGCUUGGGGACACUUUUUAGGGUGGCUGUUUAAAGCCAUAUUAUUCAGGCAUGCAGGAUUAUUAUGGGCUAUUUCUAUAAUGUGGGAAAUAACCGAAAUAGCGUUUGCACAUCUGCUUCCUAACUUCUUAGAAUGUUGGUGGGAUUCGGUUAUCUUAGAUGUAUUAAUUUGCAAUGGUCUAGGAAUAUGGUGUGGGCUUAAGAUUUGUAAAGCCUUAGAAAUGAGAGAAUACAAGUGGGUCAGUAUAAGGGACAUUUCUUCAACUACUGGAAAGAUAAAGCGAGCGAUACUGCAAUUUACUCCUGUACAAUGGACACCAGUCCGAUGGUUGGAUCCUACAAGCACAUAUAUGAGAUUCUGUGCAUUGAGCCAGUUGGUGGUAUUUUGGCAAAUUUCUGAGUUGAAUACGUUUUUCCUAAAACAUAUAUUUGAGAUGCCACCUUCGCAUCCACUGGUCAUUGCGAGACUUUGUCUCAUAGGUGUCAUUGUGGCCCCGUCUGUAAGACAAUACUACACCUACGUAACGGAUCCGAACUGCAAGCGAGUUGGAACACAAUGUUGGGUUUAUGGAGCCAUCAUGGUCACGGAAUCUAUGUUGUGUAUCAAAAAUGGCAAAGAACUGUUUGGCCAAGCUCAAGUGUGCAAUGUGAUUGUUUGGCUAGUCAUUCAAAUUUUAGUGUCAAUCGGCUGUGUCUAUGGUGUAGUGCUCUAUCACAGAUAUUUUGAGCCAAAUAGUGACUCCAAUGCAGAGAGCCCAAAGAAAACAGACUAAAUAACCUAGACGUUGAAUAUAAGAAGAAAUUCAUUCAUCUGUGAUGUGAAUGGCUCUACAAUCAUUCAAAAAGUCAAAAUAGAGUAGUGUGCUUAGAUAAUUGUUUUGUGUGAGUGUGAUUAUAAAAUAAGAUAUAAAUUUUCUUAUGAAAUGCUAUCGAUACGCGCUGGUCGGUGUUAUCCUAUUCUCGAAUUUUGCGCUACUUUGUGCAAAUCUUUAGUUAAAAUUUCGGGAUUGACCCGGCAAGUUUUAUGUAUCUUCUGUUCUCCCCAAAUAACUUUGCCGUUUGACUCCUUGCUUAUUUCUACGUUUAGGUGUCGUCGAGAAGCUUUGCGUGUUGAAGUUAAUACUAUUGUGAAGUCACAAUACUCAAAAAACAUUAACAAAAUACAGAUGUGCAAAGUUAUUUGACUUGAACUGUCCUUGUAUGAUCGAUGUUACCUCACCCAAACAUGAGCGGGUGGCGUUUGGUGGGUAUGAAAAAUUUACCCGAUAAAGUACUGUAGUUACUGGCAUUAAAAAUUGAGUCAGCGAACUCCUUGUAGCCCCAGUCAACGUAAACAACUGAAAUAGUGUUAAUGUGAAUUAUAUAGACAUCUUGAGUUCACCAUCAUAAAUAUCUUAAGUCCCGCAUCGAUCCAAAGCUAUAGGCUAGCCUCGCCGGUGUGGAGUAGGCGUAUCGAGAUAGCCACAUUAAAGAAAAUGCGCCAAUUACCUACACGCGGUUACAGAAAUAAUUAAAAUGAAGAUAGUGAUCUUAAAAUCAAUGUAUCUUUCAAUUCUCAAUGAUAUUUUUGAUAAAACUUGCCAACUUGCCACUUUAACCUCGAAUAUCUUUGGAAGCGCAUCCUGGAUCGAUGGGGACAUCUGUUAUUUUAUUCAUAAUGGUGAACACAAGUUCUUCACCUAAAUUCAGUUGUGUGCGAAUUUGUGUUAUUUUUCAGCACCAUUGUUAUGUCUAAACUGACUGAGCUAGAUGACAGUCAAACAACUGUAUUCCAUUUGAGUAGGUCCUUAACUAAAGAUUUUAAUGCGAAUUUUUAUUUAAAAACUUAGUUUAAGGUAAAUGCUUCGACUUUUUUUUAAAUAAUAAAAUGGUUUUGUAAUGUUUAUUGGUUUGAGGUGUAUUAUUACUGCAGUCGAUAAGAUCGUCGUGCCUUAUGCCGAAUGUUAGGUAACUUAAGUAAAACAUCAAAAAGUACUUUAUGUUAGGAUUUCCCACAGUCAGUUGAAGCAUUCACUUAACAAAAAGAUAAAAUUGGCCAAGAGCGUGUCGGGCCACGCUCAGUGUAGGGUUCCGUAGUUGCCCAAGUGUAGACCAUACUCAGAAAAAAUCUUAAGAGUUUGAAGUAGCGCAAGGUACAGCGACAUCUCUCGGAAUUUCCCGAAUGGUUACUAACUUUUCAAAAUUAGAUGGAUUAUAUACGGUGGGUUUUCGGUGGUAAUUUUAAUAUAUUUUUUUUAUUUUUUGUUCAAUUUUUCAAAAACUUCAAUCAAUCGAUUUCAAAUUUAGUUUAUUUUUCAUAUUUUUUAAACAUAGGUAGGUAUGGUUCAUAAGUUAGAGGAUAUAAUAUAAGGAAACCUACUUUCGGAGCGAUUAUUUCCGAAAAAAAUAAUAUUAUGAAAAAACUAUUUUAGUAAAUCCUUAUUCGUUUAAAAAUAACUAUCCAACGAUAUAUCACACAUCACGCAUUGACACGAAACGCAUAAAUUCAGAGCGCCCUUAGGGUUAGUUUACAGUUUACUACGGAACCCUAGUAAAAUACGACCAAAAGUCAAUUAGAAUACAGUAACAACAAUGUCUCAAUCAAUUGAAUCAUUACUAGUUUAUUGGAUUAAUGUGCAAUUUAUUUUUGUAAAUGUUCCUAUCAUUAUUACCUAUGGAAUCACCUUUAAGGUUUUCAUACUCGUGUGCUUUUAGUUAAAUCCCUACUCUAAUGGAGUAUGUUUGUUCAACAUUCGGACGCUGAACUAAAAGGCGCCGCCGAAUACUUAAUUAAAUUCAAUAACGUAUUUAUGUUAGAUUUAUUAUCCAAUGUUAAUGCUCUAAGCAUCUCAACGACUCAAAUAAGUAUAAAACUAAACGAGUGACUAAAUGGUGUGGUUCAAUCAAAGGGCUAGUUGUUUGAUUGAACCGCUAUUUCAACCAGUUGGCUGCGACAUAGGAGAUAAGACAAGGGAUGUAUAUUAUAAGCAUGGUACUUAUUUAUGUAUAUAUCCUGCCAUUUACCUAUGGUGGCCCAAAGAGAAAUGCACUUUUGGAACUAUCUUGACGCUGAGUGUGUAAAGACUCAUCAUGACUCAUAUGGCAACACAAAUACUAGCUGUUUGAUUUGCAUUGUUUGGAAAUGUAGAAAAGUACAUUUGUAUCGGGGUCACCCAGUGUCCCACUGUCAUGUUUGUAUUUGUGGCUGUACUAAAAAAAUAAAUGAUAAUUGCUUGAUGACUGAAACUUGACAUGCUUAAUUAUAAGUUGUAAUUGAAUGGAACAUUCCGAGAUUGAACGUUUUAAGAAAAUAAUAUAUUAACGGGCCGCGGACCGUGGGUAGGUAGGUACUAUCGACUAAUGACAUGUACAACCCAUUUUGUGAAACAAUAGACUCCUUUACAGUGAAUACUGAAUUUAGACCUUAUUGCAUUAAAUUGUCUCGACAAAAAAUUUAAUGAUGGGUCCAUGUACUAGUAGUAUAGUACCUACGUAUGAUGAAUACUUAAAUGUAUUGUAUCUUACGAUUAAAGAAUUCUUAAUGUAUUGAAAUUAAUUAUUUGCAAAAAUACAAUAGAAUGUGCAGUGUUUUUCAAAUAAUUAGAAAUGCAAACGUAUAAUAAAAAUGAAGCCUUCUUGGUACUUACCUAAUCGGGCAAAAAUGUUAUGUUCUAAUAAUUAUGAGUUUCGAGGAUGAUUUAUCACUUUGCAGACAAACAAAUCGGGUGUGUCAAACCUAUUUACAUUAAAUCAGCAAAGUAGGACAUAGCAACAUCUAACAAUAAGUACAGGAGAAUGAAAUAACUCUUUCGCCUUUAUAAUAUUGGAUUUAGAACACGGUAUGUCUGGCUCUACUUUGCUAUAAUCAUCGGCAAGGAUAUUGAGCCCUGACCUUCACCUGCGCAGAAGUGAUUUAUUGGUUUGUGCGCAAAGCGAUCCCCACUCUUCCGCCGAGAGCUCAUUAUCUGUGCCGAUAACUAUAAACACGAGUCGUUUCAAUCGAUUCGGGUUAAUGGUCCAUACAUUUUCGGGCAAUUACUCUUUGGUGCCAUGUUUGUCUUAAAUGUUAUAGUUCGCGCACAUUUUUAUUUUGUUGACUUUGUUCGAAACAUGCAUGUUUUUGUUUGUAUUAAUCUUAAUGUGAAUAGGUUUGACACAUUUUGUAUAAUUACACGAAGACUGCUCACGUAGAUUGAAACUUCGAUCAAAAGAAGGUCCUCUUCCUCCAAAAGCUACUCAAUCUUCGUUUCAAUCGUUCUCUGCCUUCGGUAAACUUCAAUCAUUUCCAUAGACUGAUUUUACACCCGUCAGAGAAGAGGACGAGACGACGAUUGAUCGAGUGUCCAAUCGAAGUGAGCACGGGCAAACCGAAGUCGUGUUCGUCGAUGCCUGAGGAUUAACUUUCGAUCAUUAGAGGCUUUAAAAGGAUGCAAUUGGCUUUCUGCAAGUCUUCGUCGUAUAGUACACGCAUUCACAGCUACACUGUGAACAUGACGCAGUUGCUGUUGAACCUCAACACCAGUCAAAUGUCGAUUUAUUAAACAUGCAGGUAGACACCAUAAAUCGAUCAAUUGGUUCUGAAGUAGCCUUAUUUCUUCCCGAAACUGAUUGUCUAUUGAAGUUCCCAGUCUCUCGGAAUCUUCGGUACACUCGUCUUACUUAGGUGAAGACGUCUAGCCACAACGCGCUGACUCAAUCCAGCCUAGAUCGGUACCUAAGUGGUCACUAAAUCAAUACAAUUAAUGAAUGAACAAUAAAUUGGUUGGUUAGCUUUUAACAAAAUGCAAUGUGACUCAGAUUGUGUAAUUAAUAAUCAGAAAUAAGGGUGUUCGAAUAAACUAGUCAAUAUCAUCCACGAUAUCCCGUUUAUUGAAGUGUAGCUUAUGUACAAAUAAAGAUUCUGAAACAAACCUUCAA